UAGAAUUCGAUCACCUAACACAUGUUUCGCAUUAGACAAUCCGUUGUAUGUACACACGGUACUACACGAAUAGGAUGCCGAUUACAUCGACUGUUACACCCUCCCCGAAUCGUGCACACCUACAUAUACACAUACAUAUAUACACGCACAUGAACGCGUUGCUCUUGCGAUCUCCCUCUCAUUCCUCGGCGGUUGAUCCAUCGACGGAUAUAUCCCGACAUCGAUAACGAUUUGGUGAACCUGUCGUCGUUCUUCUCGCAGGCUGGGGUCUAUCGUUCGGACGUGCCUUGGCAAACGCGGAUUGAAAAUUCGAGGGGCGCAUCAUACGUGCACUUGUGGUAAACGUAUAUACAAGAAGUGUUAUGCUAAAUGUCGCGCGUCCAUUUUCAACGUGCCGCGAACGAGUCAUUAGUCAUGUUUUAAUUACUUUUAAUUUCGAAAGUGCCGUACAUAAAGUGUAUCGCCCGCAUCCGGAAUUGUCGUGCAAAGUGUUUCGCGUUUCCGGGCGUCUCGCGGACGGUUUACGUUCAUGCGGUCGUAUUAUCAUAAAUGAGUGCGACGCAACAGCAGGACAAUCUGACAACGUGAGAGGAGGAGGGGACCUAGGAGGCGUCGGACGAUGACAGAGUUGCACGUGGCAUCGACGGACAGGAGGAAUUGCAACCAUUCUGGAAUAGCUUGUUAACGCUUCUUUCGGGGAAUCGAGGCAGAAGGCUGAGAGGCUGAGAAGAGGCGCAUCAUCGACGGAAUACGAAGUCGGGAUAAAUAGGAUGAUCAAAUAACCGCUGGAUAAAGACAUUCGAAGAUGAAUUGGCCAUUGGUGCUGACCUGCUUUUUGCUGCCGCAGUCGUGCAUCUUCGGCGCACAGCGCGGCUGCACGUUCCCGGAGGAGUGGUACGGCCGGUGGUUCCAGUCCGGGAACACGGAUCUGGUGACCGUCAACGGCUCCGAAAUCACCAGCAAGGGCUUCUGCAUGGAGAGAAGCGGCGAUAAGUUUCUCGUUCACGACAUGAAGUACAGAUGUUACCGGUGUAUCGUGAUGCAUGCACAACAUGCCAACGUGCUGCAAUACAAAGAAUCUUUUUGCACGAGCGACUCGCCGGAACCGAGUCUGCCGACCCAGUGCAGCACAUUGACCAGCGACGCCACUCUGGUCUCUCUGUUUCGCUCUAAUGCGGCGCCGCUGCCCUGUCCCAUUAAGGGUCCCUUGGAAUUCACGUACAGCCAGGGUGAGGGCGAGUGCAACUCGCCACGGUCACGGGCGGAAGCGUGUACGCAGGACUCGCGUCUGCUUCUGCGCUAUCAAGCGUGCGCCAACGUUCAUUCGUCUGAAAGCGUGGAUGUAGAAUUGGAGUGCCUGGCUCAUUGGAGGGAGGGCAGCACGAAUUACAUGGUCGCGCGUUUGAACAGCGAUCGUAACGAUCGUAAAACAAGCGACGAGGAGAGCUACAGAUGCUUUAUUUACACGAAUCCAUCGAACAACACGUGGAAUCUCGCGCAGAGCUCGGACGCCGCGUGCAAUGGAUUGAUCAGCGUCACCGAGGCUGCCAGGACGUUCAAGAUGAUACAAAAAAAGCCACCGCAGUAUUGCGAGUUUCCGUCCUGGGUGGUCGCCGGUAAAUCGUGGGUGGCUUUGGAUCGAAUGGCGUCUCGUCUCUUGGCGUCGCCUUACAACCUCACGAUCCUCGACCGAAGCGAGACCCGUCUUGUUUGCCAUUCGGUUGUCCCCAUUGAUGAUCAUCGUCAUCAUUAUUCCACGCCGAUCGAUAAGGAGAACCAAAGGCAAUUCGUCGCGAAGGCGACGCGAGAUUGCAAAAACGGAUACGUGUGCGUCAUGUUCCACAGGAGAGACGAGCACGUAAUAGAGAUGCAACUGUCGGAAUGGCGCCAGCAAUCCGACGAUAUAUGCAAUACGAGUACAUUCAAUUCGCGCACGAUGCCGUACACGACGUUCAUCACAUCCGAUCCGAUAACCCGACAAUGCCCUAAUCUCGGCCGUUACGAGAUCGUGUCGUUGUUUCGGCCACCGCACGCCGACAACGUCGAGAACUUAUUGGCCGCCGAUGGCGAGCAGAACGUUGCCAACGCAGCAGAGAUGCACGACGUGAGGGUGCCAUCCACGCCGUUCCCGAAUCAAUGUCAUCACGGCAGUGUCCGUAGAUUGGACAUCGGUUGCAGGACACCCGAUCGCAUGGAGUUUGCUACGUCUUGCAGCGACGAGGCGUUAUCCGAGUACUUAUGCCACGGAACUUGGAUCGAGAACGACACCGCUUACUUGGUGGCCAGCACCGACGUCGGACGUUACUGCCUCGUUUACAGCGCGUCCGCCGCGACAACAGGAAGUCGUGAACUCUCGGUGACGGGCCAUCUCGCUUCCUGUCCGAGGGCCUCUCAUCGCCAUCCAGUCUCGUGGCAGGUCAACCUCACGUCGUACGCUCAAUGCGGCGACAUCUCGUCGGCGACCACGUGGGCGCUUCGGAUGCCAGCGUCUCUUCUCUACAUCGUCCUCUUCGGCGCGUUCCUCGCCAGAUACAUCGCGAGGUGAUGCCACUGAGCCAAGACGCGCCACACAUCCGUGGCAAUAUAGUUGAAAGAGACUUUUAUUGCGAUCUUGCGUUUUCGUGAUGAUUAUAUACAUAACGUUCUGGGAGAUGCGGUGAGACAGAGGUAAAACUAAAUAAUCAAUCUUAGGAUAUAAGCGAGCGCGGCGUGUGAGGCGAGUGAAGUGAUUAAGAGAAAUAAAAAAAGAGACAAGUCGGAAACGGGUAAGGUAUAUAUAUAUAUAUACAUAAUAUAUAGAUGCAUGUGCCAGGCCCGCGAAUGUGGCAGUGCCGAGUCCGGAAGCGAGGCUUUACGAAUGUAUGUACAUAAAAAAAAAUCGAGAUGCAUCCACGAAAUACGAUCUCCCUGUGCACGUUCUCCUUACCGCUACGAGAGAUCGAUCGAGAGAUGAUGAUGAUGAUGAUAUUAUUGGAGAAAAGCAUCAUUAUGAGAGAAAAUUUGUUAUCGUAUUACGAAAAUAAGAAUAUUACGAAAUGGUAACAUAAUCAUUUAAUAAACUUCGCAUUAUUGUGAUAUAACGAUACCUAUUCAUAAAUUGUAAUUAAAUAGGAAUUUACUGGCAGAGAAUGUGAUUUUAUGCAACGGCUACAGAAAAUAUAUAUUCCCUCCCUCUCGUUCCACUCCUGUUAAUAACUGCAAUUACGGAAAUUAGCUCUUGUCAUUACCACGCUCGAAUACCGUGAUUGCUACAGCACGUUAAAUAUGCCGAAAUUCAUUCUCGCUCGUUUAUUGCGUUUUCGUGUAACAGAAUACUCUUGUUACGUUUUCUCCUGGCAAGAGCGCAAAGCGAGAGCGUGUUGCGUGGUGGCUGUUUUCAUAGAUAGAAUCGGCGUGGGAUUUGCGUUUACUAUACAUAUAACGGAAUACGUUUGCCUUUGAAGAUGCGAGAAACGACGACUUAAUGAUGCAAAUAUUGAGUUUCGCGAAAAACGCUGCCUUCGAGGUCGCGAGACCAGAAAUAAUGGACAAUGCACUCGGGCCCGAGAUUUCAUGCUUUCAUCUUUCAAGAAUGAUAUCUCAUUAUGAGAUGUCAUCGUCUAAUCUUGUUUUAUGAGAGCCAAAUAUAUUGUAAAAACUCUUUUAUUCGAUUUUAUUUUUUUUUUUUUUUAGAUAUAUACACAAGCUUUUCUCGAAAAGAAAAAUUAUUUUCGUGUAAACUAUUUACUAUCUAAUUUUAUUCGAAUAUAUAAGGCAAUUUUCUUGCGCUUGUAUUAGUCGUCGCGUGAGAUGAUAUAAUAAUAAAAGAGAAUAAUAAGGGUGCUGGGGCCAAUAUUAUACGAUACGAGUGUUGCUCAUAGAUUGAGAGGAAAUAAAAGCGAGCGAGAGAGCGCGAGAGAAAGGACAUGAUAGACCUAUAACCACUUAUUUAGAAGUAGCUCCACAGCCGCUGCCACAUUCGCAGGACACAUUCGACGCUUUUAAGCGCGAACGAAACAUGUAUUUAUUUAGGGAAGAAUAAAAAAAAAAUUGCCACGUCCAACUUGUAAUUAUAUACGCAUCUCUAUUGAAAGCUAUUAGUGGCACGAAUCUCUCUUUGCCUCUGAAGCAGAGGAUGUAAAAAGAAGAAAGAAGAAGGGAAAAAGCCGUACGAACGAUUAUUACUGUAAUUAUUAUUACUAUCACUGUUAGUACGAUAAGACAGAAUAAUGGAUGAAGAAAACGGACUCCUUGCUCCUAUAACGAAUCUCUCAUUUUCUUUUGUACACCUCGCGGAAGAGAUAGUUAUAUCAGAGGAGCGUUUAGCCUGUAAGCUGUCUGUAAAAAUGUUACAUUGAUCCGCUAUUGAACUUUAAUCCUCGUGCGAUAAAUGUGAGAUCGAGACCGGCUGUGCGCCAUCGAAAGUUUCUGUAAAGUGAAAUCGAGGAAUCUCGAUCGUUCGAUUCCUAUUGCGAUUCCUAUUGCGAAUCCUAUUGCGAAUAAUCGUAAAACGAAAACGUACCAACGGAAGGAUUUCGGUUGGUAAUAAUUUCUGAGAUAAAUAUAUGAAAUAUUAAAUCAAUCAAUCAACCAAACUUUCUUUGAUGUAAAAAUAUAAAAUGUGUAAACGAUAAUUUUAAUGUGUGUGCAUGAUUAAUGAAGUUCAAUCGCAAAAUUAAAAAGCAGCUUUAAUAAAUGUUUUUGGUUAAUGUUUGAAUAAUUUAAUUCAAUCGGAAUUUUUCCGCAAAAAAGAAUUUGUUGUUUGAUAAAAUACUAAUUAAAAUAUUGAAAAGAUAUAACACAUAAAAAGGUGCAAUUUAGAACUAAUAUAUUAUUCGGUUUAGUUAUUAAAUCAUGCGACAGAAAAUCAUUGCAAUAUAACAUAUCGUUAUCGAGAGAAAAAAGAGACAGUAGAUUAAGUUGCGAUAAAUAAUUUUCAAGUUUCUUUUUAGAAAUUCAGAUUUAUAAUUUUAUAUGAUUUUUGAAGAUAGUUUGACGUAUUCUGAAAGAGUCUGAAAUUAGCAAAAUAGAUUCUAAAUUUUCUGUGAUUUUUCAGAAUUAAUAUUUCGUACAUUAUAUAGAGAUUUUUCAAAAAAUUGAUUAAUCGAGCUAAUUAAGUAUUGAUUAUAAAAAUUUUGAUUUUAAAUAUAUAUUAAAACAUUAAGAAUUAUACUGUAUAAAAAGAAGACAGAGAAUUAUAAGACGGCGACAGUGCGAUCGUUUGAUACGAUUCUCCAACAGAAAUCAAUGUGUCGACAAAAUAUACAUAUUUUUUAUUCGAAAUAUUUUACUUACGGGCUCUCUGAUCGCAAAACGGAGGGCGGGAACGGUAUUCGACUGCGUAUGUUAAUCGAUUAUAUAUAUACAUACUUGUGGGGACAGGUAGAUAUAUACGCAAAUAAAUAUAUAAAUAUAAAUAUUAUAAAUAUACUACGCGACAAUUCAAUGUUGGCUAUAAAUUGUACACUAUUAGAUAAAAUGAACAAGCUGUAGGGAAACAAUGAGAGAGAGAGAGAGAGAGAGAUAAGGAUAUAGUUGACGAUCAAAAAGGCAGUUUUUCAAACGAUUGCUUCUCACUAUGCUUGAUCCUUGAGAAUAUGCCACGUAUGCGACAGAAAUUAAUUUUUUUUUUACAGUAAAGGAUUUAUAUAAUGUAUAUUAUGUCUCCCUUAAUAUAUAUUGACGAGAUUGCAUCCUCUGUAAUCGGGGAUGGUAAACUGCGUGCGAAGUUUCUCCGAGAACGUUAUCGAUAGAUUUCAGAGCGCCGGCUGUUCUAACUGCCGUAAAGAGUACAGCUAUUGUCUUUCCUCAGACGCAACCGUGAUCCUCGAGAUACGUACAUUUACGCUUCGCGCCCUGUCAGUUAAUGUCCCGUAAUAUGUAGCGUUCUACGAAACUAGCUACCUGGUAUUGUAUCGGCAAAAUACAGAAAUAUACGGACCAUCUUGCGGACCAUCAUUCAGGUUGCAUCUUAGGAUUGAAAGCUACGGGAAAUUACUUGUACAUAGUAGACUUAAAGGAUUCGAAUAGUGACAAAUACGAUCGAGUGUAGAUCUCGCGUCUCGAUACGAAGAGAGAUACUCAUAAUGUAAAAAAGAAGGAAGAAAAAAAAAAGAGAACAAGCUGGAGGUGAAUUCAAUUUUAUGAUAGAUCGCGAGAGUGUAGAUUUCAGGGUAUUUAUAUCGAAGGUUACAUAGUUAUAUAUACAAAUAUACAGAAAAAUAUUUAAAGAUAAAUUAUAUUGUGAAAAAAAAAAAUAUAUAUACUAUGUUUUUAUUGUUGUAAAGUUUUGGAAUCGAUACGUCGACAGGAACAGUCUCUUUGUUCUUGUGAUUACCUUGUAUAGUACGUGUAAUUGCACUCGUGUUCGCUAUUAAGUUGCCUCUGUCAUCCUGUAAUAAUGAUAUUCGACUUUGCAUCGUCCUUUUUUAAACUUUCGAAUCAAAUGUGUCAAAUCGCGAGAGAAAACUGCCACCUUUUCUUCAUUUCAUCGCUCGUUUCGAAUUUAUGUGUGCGAUUUUUCUUAAAAAAAAAAAAAAAAUGAGUACACAUACACACAGGCAGAACAUGCAAUAUGUUUAACAAGAUUGCCAAAAAAAAAUUCGAUAUUAUUCCUACUGACGCAUGAGGAAGAAUGUAACAAUAAGUGACGUUUACUGAGCGGUUAAACAAAUUUAUUAAAUCCGAAUAUUUAGGAUGCGAAAUGCGCGGGAGGAUUCAAUUCCUGCCCUCCUGCAAUGUAAUUGCACACGCGCACACGUUAUUACCUGUAGAGAACACGACACAACGACUAUUACCGUCUCUAGUCUUAGCGAGAGAGUUACUUGGUAAUUUUAAUUAUUUUUCGUAAGAGAAGAAAAAAAGAAGGACGGGGCGCCGCUUAUUGAUAUUUCAGCAUGCGAAUUGAUUUGCGGAAUCGAGGAGGAACGAAGAAUGUCUCCUUUUGCGGCCUUCCAGUCUCGAACAAGUUCGAAGUCGAUUACGCGAUACUAGGCACUUUUAUUCGCGCGAACGAAUCCGGAUGUGUCUCGAAGCUUCCUCUUUCCGUUACGAUUCGCGAUACGUGUUAUCCUUAUCGAUAGCGUACGGCUCGGUGAUUUGGCGCUCUUCGAGUUUCGAUCGGAGGCCAGCGUUACUGUACACAACUUAAGGCAUCUCGAUAUACCCGCAAUAACGACGAUAGAUUAAGAAUAAUCUCUCACGGUGUAAAGUCGCCUGAUACACACCUUUCAUUAAGGAAUGUCGGCUUAUGUACGUGCGUAUGGAUGGAUAAUAAAAUGAGAAGUUAAGGGGAGGCGGCGAUCGGUCUUAUUGAAAUUACUAUUGUAUGUAACUACGAAGGGGAAGAGAGGGAGAAACUAUACAGACGAAAGUCGACGAAAAUGUUUUGCACCGUGACACGCGCGAUCUGAUGGUACUACUACUCUAAAAAUCUCCACACACGCUUGAAAGCUAUCGAGAAUCUAUACAUAACUGAGUGUUUUACUAUUGGAUUAAAAUAUUACAAUGAUACCUAUUAAUGUAAAUGGUUUUUCAUUAUUAUAUUAUUAUUAUUAUUAUAUUAUAGAUGUUAUACUUAAUAAUAUAUUUACAAAUAAAUUAAGACGAA